CAAAUCCUGGCUCCCCUUCCUGAUUUGCGAUUAUCACUGUAUAUUUGGCAACCUUUCUUCCAUGAAUGAGUCUACGUCUGCAAUGACGUACAUAGCAGGGCACUUUCGUUUGAAAGACCGAACUACUUGAAACUUGAAGACCUGUUGAGGUGAUGCGGAAGAGGGAAGACUAGUUUCUCUGCAAUGAGAGUAUUACUCACUCUGGUCAUCAACUUAUGAAUCACUCUUUUUCCCGUUUGAUGAUCAUCUCUUUUGCCGCGAUCUUGACGUCAACCGCAAGUCCAGCGGGGCGUCCACCCAUUACUCAUUUGGCGGGAACUCAAAAUCAUCGGAUUUCAUUGGCUGUAAUAUGAGGUGACGAAACUAGGUCGUCCCUGAUUGGCUAGAAAUUCACUGCAUCUGACCUAAAAAUAUCAUGCUCGCGCAGCGUCGACCGUGUGUUGUUUGGUUAGAGAAAACACUUUUUGAGACAUUCUUAUCAGUAGAUAAUUAAACAAUUAUUAUUGUUACUUUAAUUACCGGAACCAGGAACUUCUUGAGAACUUCACGUUGCCGUGUGAACAUACUUUAACCAUUCUACUUCAGUAUUCUAUUUCAUCAGCUGCUGAGACACUUUUAACGUAACUUCAAAAAAUGUAUAAUCAGCCAAAUUCCGGCUACCCUCCCAAUCCGCAAUCUGGCUAUCCUCCUCCAGUUGGAUUCGCCCCUCAAGGACAAAAUCAAGGCUAUCCUGGAUACCCUCCAGCUCAGGGUUACCCUCCUCCACAAGGUUACCCACCCCCUGCUGCGCCGUAUCCAGGACCACCGGCAGGAUAUCCACCUCCAUCUGGGUAUCCUCCCCCCUCUGGAGGCUAUGGACAAACCAUAAGCCAGCAACCAGGUCCUGGCCCCAAUAUGGGGGGCUACGCACCUCCUGGUGAUGGUUGGAUGAAUAUUCCGCAAAGCUUACCGUCCAAUAUCCCUCCUGGCUUGGAAUACCUAACAUCGAUUGAUCAACUACUGGUGAAGCAGAAAGUUGAAUUACUUGAAGCUUUGGUUGGUUUUGAAACGAAGAACAAGUUCACAAUUAAGAACGGACAAGGGCAGAAAGUUUACUACGCAGUCGAAGAAUCUGAUUGUUGCACGAGGAAUUGUUGCGGCCCCAUUCGCCCGUUCGGAAUGAAAAUCCUCGAUAACUACAAGAACCAAGUCAUUCAUCUCGACCGACCACUUGCUUGUGAUUCUUGCUGGUUUCCAUGUUGUCUCCAAAAAAUGGAAGUCUCAGCUCCACCUGGCACUGUGGUUGGUUAUGUGGAACAAGAAUGGAGCAUUUUAUCUCCUUCGUUUGCAAUCAAAAAUGCCUCAGGUGACACGGUCUUAAGGAUAGAGGGACCUAUAUGUACGUACAGUAUCUGUGGUGCCGUUGAAUUCAAAGUAUUAUCCAAAGAUGGCUCUACUGAAGUGGGAAAAAUUUCAAAACAGUGGUCCGGAAUGCUGCGCGAAAUGUUCACAGAUGCUGACUACUUUGGUAUCACUUUCCCCAUUGACUUAGAUGUCCGCAUGAAAGCUGUCAUGUUAGGAGCUUGUUUCUUGAUUGAUGCGAUGUUCUUUGAGAAAGCAGGAAAUGAAGAAACAGAUCGCCCGGGAAUGUUUUGAAGAACUUUUUUCAAAUGGUGUUUUGCGGCGCUUCUGUUUCCUAUGCUUAAUGGCAACCCCAAAAUGUUCUGUAUGCCUUCAUUUUCUCCAUUCAAGAUCUGAGCCUUCGAUUUUGACUUUAUACCUCCCUUGAGAUGGACCACUGAAAUAUGACAAGAGAAUGAGCUGAAUUUUUUAGUAAGCUAUCAGGUUGAGUCAUACUAUCAUAGGCGCAUCUUUUCGUAAUUUUUCUAGAACCAAGCUGUUUGUUUCAAGUCUCACAAUUUUACAUCUCCUUUGAUGCAUCAUCUUAGACUUUCUCUUUUUGAAACAACUCAGGAAGAAACCCAAUCGAAUGUCCAAACUUUUCAAUGUCACAGAAUUGGUAAAUCAUAAUGUAUCGAGUAUUUCAGCUCAUGUCAUUUCUUAAAUUAUCUGCUACAUAGCUUUUGAAUUUCAGUAUUGGCAGUGCGCUGCAGGGCUUUUGAUCUGCUCAUAGUUUUUAGUCUAAGUGUAAUCUACCGUUUUUUAAUUAUUCCUUGCCAUAUUGAAUUUUGCUCCAUUCAUUUGCUCUCUUUUCCCCGUAAUUUUAAGGUUUAUAUUGAGAAUCAGAAAGGGCGGGAAACGAUAUGAAAAGAAAAUAAAUAAAACCAUCAUUUUCCGGUUGAAUUUGAAAAACUGGUGCUGCACUAUGGUCGUUGAUAUGGCUUGGGCUUCAGUAUUUACAGGCAUUUUUAACCAAGCAACCUGGGAACUUUGUAAUAAUUUUUUUUUACUUUCUGCAACAGUAAGCAUCCUAUGUUCACUUAACACAAGACCAGGUAUAGGCGAUGUAUUGUUACUUAGCUCUUCAAUCUGCUGUUGUCGGGGUAACCUUUACACCCGACAGCUUUACAAUUGUUUAGUUUUCAGUGUGACUGACAGAGCGCGUCAAAAAAAACAACUUUUGGCUGUUUGCGAUAACUUGAGAGGCAAAGCAUCUGCUUAUCAGGCUAAUUUUCUUAAAAAACUUCCUCUCGACGCUCUAAUCCUCAUUUUAUUUUUCUGAUAAUUUUUUUUAAGUAUGAAGGUUGUCAGGCUAUGUGUUUGAGCACACCUUCCCUCCUUAUGCGCAUUUCCUUUAAGUGUGCUGGUAAUGAAUUAUUUUAAACGAUUUUUGGCGUUUAAUUCUCGCAAAAAUGUUUCAAUUACACAAGGAGAAAGGGUACAUGUUCAUCACCUCCUGAACAUCUUUCAGCACCAUUCUGUUCUUUCUGCACAAUAUGUAUACCUCGGAUGUUGCAGGGAUGCAGUCACAAGAAAUAAAGUAUUACGUGUAGUAUCAGCUUUCAGUUUAACAAGCCCUUUUUUUUAUUAAGUUGCCUUGAACGCAACUCAACAUUUUAUUUUCUCUAUUCUCGUAUGUUGAAAUGCAUCAAAGAUUUGUCUUUUAUUCCUGACUAUUACACUUUUUCAUUUCUUUUUUUUUUCAUCUACACUUACACUCAGAGCUAUAGCUCUUAAGUAGUGGUAAACAUUUAUCUAAUGUAACAACAAAGGCAUAUGAGAGUUAAAAGUCACUUUUGCUAAGGCCUAUUCCCUAAAAUUUUCUUCCAUGGAACAAUUCUAAAACCCCCCUGAUUAAAUACUAAUUACUGUUGGCCUGAUAUAAAUUUAUCAGUUUACUUUUUUCCGUUUUCCAAUGAAACUCAAUAUUGAACUUGACUUUCCGAAAAUCAUUUCACAUACUGAAUAUUAUACUCUACAUGCUUCCUCUGCUUUUAUUUUGGGUGGAUCGAUGCUUGUUAUACAUGUUUGUAAUGUCUUACCAUAAUUCUUGUCAUCCAUGAUUCAUUUCAGAUCUUAGUUAUGUCAUAUGGUUUUAUUUUAUAAUGAAAACCGUCUCAUUAUUCAUCAUUUGAUGAGAUAGGUAGAUUGUGCAAUAUUGUCAUCACAUCACUUUUCUUUUAUCGCUCAGCUUUCUUUUAGCGCCAUGACUUUGUAAGUUUUUCAUGACAGCACAAGUCCAGCAAGCUCCAAAAAUAUUCAGUUAAAAGAACUUUCUGUCUCUCUCUUGUUUGCCUUUCUUUAUACGCAUGAAUUUAUAAUCUGUUUUACUUAGCCUUUUGGCUCUUUUAUUUUUUAAAUGUAUUUUUAUUUUAGCAUAUUUACACUUUUUCUAAAGUUACUCUGUUUGGCCUUUAUUGCUGAUGUGUAGUUGGCAGAUUUUCUUUACUUACUUCAGUCUGUUACCUCAGGUCUCUUCAAGGGCUUACUGUUUUUCUAACCUUUAUAUUAGAAUAUUAUUCAUUACAAUGAAAUUCUGUCAUGAAAACGCAGCAACAAGAUAUGUAAUAAUUCAAUGAUCGUUAUUUUUUACAAGUUUAUUUAAAAUUUUUUAACAGUACCCUACCCAGUAUUUUAAAAUUAUUCUUCAAAGAGGCGGUAUUAGUCUUAAGUCGUUUGUAUUUAUUUUUUAAUGUCUAAUAAGUUAUCCAGCUACUAAAUGUAAGCUUAUAUUUAUUCAUAAUUUAUUUUCUUACACAUGUACGUUUUGUUAUUGGUUCAAUAAAAGUUUAUUAAUAUUUCA